GUUUACAAAGGAUGUGACGUGCUAGUGUUUUGAAUCGUGCAGGCUAACCAGCAGCACGGAUAGCAAGCAAACACCAUCCCCUUCACACAUUUGGGAGUAACUGUGAGCUUCAUGUCCCUAUAAUAUCUGCCACAAAGGAGAACGCAAUGGAACUCCACAAAAUCAUCCACAGUGUGAUGUACGAAUUUAUUCAGGCUUACAUUCCUGACGCAGAUCUCAGCACACUGGAUGAUGUUCUUCUGUUUUACAUCACUGGAGUCCUGGAGGAUCUGGGCUCCGAGCAGAGUGUUGAGGAGAACUUAGACGUGGAGGACUUUGCAGAAAUGCUAGAAGCUUACAUACCUGGCUUUGCUGAAAUUGACAGUGUCAAGGUCUGUGAAAUGAUGUUCAAUCUAGCUUCAAAACUGGCAACUGCUCGGACCUCAGAAAUUGUUGAGCUUAAGGCAAGGACAGAAGAGAUUUCCUUGAAACCCCCCACCCUGCCCAGUGAACCUCCACCAGCGGAAACGCAGUGCCUUAAAACACAGACAGAGGGCGCCACUGCCAAGCAACCAGUGUCUAAGUGGGAGUCCCAGGAGCAGCAUCUGUUGGAAAUGUUUCCAAAGUGCAGUCUGUCCGAUGCUCGCAGCGCCCUGUGUAUUGCCAAAGGAGACAUCGAGGAAGCUGUGCGCCUUAUCAUAGAGGGUGACGUCCAACUCAGCCAAACUCCUCUUAACGUAAACCCCGGGAAGAGUAUUUCCUCAGUGCCAGACCAAAAACUUAAAGAGAGCAUCCUUGAGAAGUACAUGUUGGUUGACAGGGAUGAGGAUAAAAAAACACACAGGCCUUUGCCCCCUAAAGAGGCUCCGAAGAAGCUAGUUCGAUACCACGGUAAUCAGGUGGUAACCACAAAAGGAGAGCGCUAUCAGCUGGUGAAGAAAGAUGACGAAGAGGACAUGAAGAAGACGUAUGUCAACCUGAAGCCUGCACGAAAGUACAGAUUCCAUUGAUGAUGAGCACAACAGUGUAAGAGCAGCUACUGACAAUGUUGUUUACACUUUUAUAUUAUUUAUUAAGUUCAUUUGGCUCAAGUAUAGGAACAUAUAUUUGUAGGUGUGUCAGUGGCUUAUUUUGAAAUUGUGUUGCCAUUUUAUGCCUUGGUUAAAACAUUAAAUCAGUGUUUCAGUUGCUUGAGAAGCUUUUAAAAUGUGUGAUAUUUUGGUGAGGAUGUUGUAACUUGUGUUCUCGUGUAACAGCCUAACCUAUCAGAAUCUACGUGUUGCCAUCUCAGCAGGUCUGAUGUUACACUGACAUUAUUGUCCUUUUUUACCUCUUCAUUUAUUUAUUUUCACUCCCAAACGAUGAUAUAGAUUCAUUAUCAUGACGUUGUCGAGGUGGAUCUAUUAUCAUUCCUGUAAAUAAGAUCUUAUGGUGCUGUAGAGCUUCUUCUAGACAUUUCAAGUCAUGAUUGCAUUUUCAUGUAAAUAUAUAUCAUUGAUGCCAAUUUCAUUUAAAAUUAUAUUUUUACAUCAUCCAGGAAUACAGUGCUGGGAAAAGGCUCGGUCAAUCCUUGUGAAUGGGACAAUUUGUUGUGCUACAAAAUGGGUUUUAAAUUAAAAGUAUUUUCUGAAACUUUUUUUUAAUGCCAAUUUGUACAGGGGCUAUCUUCAGCAUUCCUCACCUAAGAAUGUAUUUAUGGUUGCCCUGAGUUAGGGAUUUAGUUGAAAUGUUACUUAAAUUGAACCCACAGUUUAUUUGACUAGAAUAAGACCAUCAUUUCAGUACCGAGUGCCGACCUAAAACAACGAUUAUCUGGAUAACGUUGCGAACAAAUCUGUGUUUUUUUAUCAAUUUGUUCCAGAUUUUAGCAAAAUUAUUCAGAUAGCUUUUUCCAGAGAUCUAUGGUGAACAAGGUUGUGUGCUUUGGAGGCGGAUAAGUUCAACCUUGAAUUGUCCUCAUCACAAGUAGCUCUGCUGCUAACACUCGAAGUCCUGAUUAAAUGCUAAUUAAUUUUCUAGCACAACAAAUUCAAGUCUCAAGAGGUGCAGAAACUGUUACAGCACUAUCAUUUUUGACAUAUUAAAAUGGAGCACUGUGGUUGCCCGCUAAAUGUUAAGCGAAACAUGCUGCCGAAGGACUUGAUUUUAAAGUUUGUUCCAAUAGAAUUAUCUCUAUUUUUAGUAAAGCUGUUUAGAAUUGCUAAUUCUCCAAUCAAGUAUUUAUUGUGAAGAGGGCCGUUGUGUGCUUUAAGGGUCUGCUAACAUGAUGUUGGUCCUCUAUCACAGCUCCUCUCAUCUCAUUUGUGUCGUGAAUUUUGCUUCGCUUGUAAUUGUUGGUUGUGGAGACUUUGAUUACGAUUGGUUUCUCAUGUUAUUCUUGUCAAUUGUAUUGGGAUAAAUGGGUUAGUCAGGAGUUUUUUUGUGGGUUUUUUCCAAAUAUAUACCGUUGUUUUUUGUUGUGUUCCACUGUACAACUAUAACUGGUAACUAUAAGUAUUGUUUUUGAUUGCUGGUUUUUCUGAGGUAGUUGUAAUGCAAUGAGUGUUGAAAAGAUGUGUUGUUACUGCAGCAAACGUGUCUUUAGUUACUUUAUAAAACUCCCAAGUCAAGUUUUUUCAGAGUUUGAACACUGCGCUACGAGAAAACUAACGCACAAUUUGUAGUAAAUAAAUACUAAUUUUUGUAUAUCAUU